AUGUCCGCCAUCCUUAGAGGCACCUCUCGUAUCGCUCGCCUCGGCCAGACGCAAUGCCGUUGCUUCGCUAGUUCGUCUGUUGCGCGUAAAGAUAUCGUUCAAGAGCUCUACCUCUCCGAACUAAGGUCUUACAAACCUCCUCCAGCGGCAAAAGAUGCACAUGUGGGUGUUGUAAAACCAUUCACACCGGUCACACCUCCAAAGGCCCCUUCCCCGCCGACGGACCUCGCCUCCGAACUCGCAGCGUACGACGCGCAGGAACCUUCCCUCUCUUCGGUUUCUUCCACUUCGUCUGGUGCAGCAGCAUCGUCGGAAAUUCCUGAUGAGAGUGGUGCAGGUGCAAAGGAGUUCUUGUCAUUCCUAGAGGCGGAUUUGCCGAAGCCGGAAGCGCAUCAUUGA